AGGAGUGGGGUCAUGGAGAGAUUUGUUUGUUUCCCCUAUAGCUUGUAUCAGGGGUAUGGAAACCCACUGGCUGUGGGCAGGACUGGCCUUCCCAAACAGAAGCAUCCUGGGCCCUCUGCUUUCUUGGUGGGCCCUGGGCAGGGGCCGGCCAACCCUGGCGACUACUUGGACAGUUACAAGAGGGCGCAGCUCAAGGCCAUCCUGUCUCAGGUGAACCCCAACAUGAGCCUGAGGCUGUGCAAAGCAAACACCAAAGACGUAGGAGUGCAGGUGAGCCCGCGGGAGGAUAAGUUCAUCCAAUGCUCGCUAGGGCCGAGGACCUUGUACAGCAGCUCCCCCCGGGAAGGCAGCAGCCCCUCUGGCCUCUCCACACGAGGCUUUUAUUCUCCAGUGCUCGGUCGGGGGCUCCUGAUCCGCCUUAGCAAACAAGAAGGCCAGGGGAAAGGGAAAGCCUCCUCAGAGGUGGUGGAGUCCAGACCUCAGCAGCCCUUUUUGUCAGAUCCAGAAGGGACCAGGGAGGCAGAGGAACAGCCAUCGCAGCUGGAAGAGAAGUCCCAGGAGGAGGCGGAUGAAUUGACUGCUGCCCGGGAGCAGGAGACCCAAGAUGGGGAGGCAGAGCUUCAGAAGGAAGGAAGCGCUCUUCCCAAGAAGCCCACUUUCCAGUUUUUGGAACAGAAAUAUGGCUACUUUCACUGUAAAGACUGCAAGACCAGGUGGGAGAGUGCUUAUGUCUGGUGUAUUUCUGGGAGUAAUAAGGUUUAUUUCAAACAACUCUGUCGCAAGUGCCAAAAGAGCUUUAACCCUUAUCGAGUGGAAGGGAUCCAGUGCCAGACUUGCUCAAAGUCCCGUUGCUCCUGCCCUCAGAAGAAAAGACAUAUUGACCUAAAGAGGCCUCAUCGACAGGAACUCUGUGGCCGCUGCAAAGACAAGAGACUCUCCUGUGAUAAUAUUUACAGCUUUAAGUACAUUGUCUGAAGAGUAGUAGGGCUGCUAAUGGGGUCCAGGGGCUCCUUUUGUUGCAUUUUGUCUAUUCUUUUGUCACUUGGC